GGGAGGGAAGUUGAGGAUGUCGCGAAGAUUCGAUUUAUAAUCCUUCGUCUUUGCUGCGUAUAUACAUUCACACUGACACUGCCAACGAACCUCUCUUCUCAACCAGAGAAUCCGCACGGUACAGUACGCAGUACGAACGCUCUCAGCGACUUCACCAUGGCGCCCCAACUCGCGUGGAUCGGGCUCGGAAACAUGGGCCGAGGAAUAUGCAAAAACCUCGUCGCAAAAGGAAACCUCGACAAGCCCCUGAUUCUGCACAAUCGCACAAAGGCGCGCGCAGAAGAGCUAUCCGCGCGCCUGGGUUCGGACAAGACUCAAGUGGUUGAUUCCGUGCGCGACGCGGUGAAAUCCGCCGACAUCGUUUUCAUCUGCCUAGGCGACGACCCCGCCGUUUAUGCCGCCGUGGACGAGAUACUCCAAGAAGACGUGCGCGGCAAACUCAUUGUCGAUUGCUCGACGGUGCAUCCAGACACGACAGAGUCCCUGGAGCAGCGCAUCACGGCCCAGGGCGCGGACUUUGUCGGCAUGCCCGUGUUCGGGGCACCCCCGGUGGCAGAAGCAGGAGGCUUGAUUUGCGUGACGGCGGGGCGGAGGGAGGCGGUUGAGAAGGUGAGGCCGUACACCAAGGGGGUGAUGGCGCGGGAGAACAUCGAGUUUGUGGAUCAGUCGGCGAGCAAGGCGACGUUGUUGAAGGUGAUUGGGAAUACGUUCGUUUUGCAGAUGGUCGAGGCUUUGGCCGAGGGGCAUACGCUGGCUGAGAAGACGGGACUAGGGGUCGAGAACCUGCAUCGGUGGAUUGAGGUGCUGUUCCCGGGCCCGUAUGCGGCGUACUCGAGUCGCAUGCUGGCAGGGGACUAUUACCAGAGGGAGGAGCCGCUCUUCCAGGUGGACCUUGCGAGGAAAGAUGCGGGGCAUGCGUUGGAUUUGGCCAGGAAGAGUGGGACAAGGUUGCCUGCAGUGGAGGUUGGGGAUGCGCAUUUGGUGAAGGUCAAGGAGCAUCUGGGGAAGAAGGGAGAUUUGCCGAGCAUCUAUGGAGCUGUGAGGCAGGAGAGUGGUUUGAAGUUUGAGAACAGAGAUUAAGGGUCAGGCGAUUCGAAGGUCAGGGUUGUCACAUGGGGAUUAAUGUUAGAUUAUGCAUUACAGCGAGAUACCAUAAUACAAAGCAUGUGUGUUUUCGCCAC